UGAGCACCACAUUUUGAGCACCACAUCGAAACAGUUAAACGUGAUCGAGAUCGCAAAAUGAAACCCUUUGUCUGCAUUUUCGUUAUCCUUGCUGCGCUCCUGGCCACCGGUCAAGCGUCGCUUGGAGGUCUACUUGGCGGUGGUGGUGGCGGCGGUGGCGGUGGUGCUGGCGGCAUUGCCCAGCUGCUGCAAAGCAAAUUGGGUGGACUCGGUGGUGGACUUGGUGGUGGAUCCGGCGGUGGAUUUGGCGGUGCUCUUGGCGGCAAGUUGGGCGGCGGCGGUGGCGGUGGAUACUCUGGUGGCUACUCCGGUGGUCAUUCUGGCGGAUACUCUGGUGGCUACUCCGGUGGUCAUUCCGGUGGCUACUCCGGCGGUCAUUCAGGUGGAUACUCCGGUGGCUACUCCGGUGGUCAUUCCGGUGGCUACUCCGGCGGUCAUGCUGCGCCCGUCGAGAAGGUCUACAUUGUGGAAGUGGUCAACCACGGUGGGUCAUCCGGCGGCGGUCAUGGUGGUUACCAAGGCGGCCACGGUGGCUCCUCCUCGGGAGGUUGGUCUGGCAGCCAGGGUGGUUACUCAUCCGGCGGCUGGUCUGGUGCUCAGAGCGGUGGCUCUUCCGGUGGCUGGAACCAGGGCUGGUAAAUGGACCACAAUCCAAACAAGAUCCAGUGGAUAUGGAUAUCAUACUUUGAACAGGGAGCCAAAUAGUCAAUAAUUGCAAUUUUGUACAAACUGUUUU